UACGUCGAUAUGAUUUUCUGACUAGAUCUUCAGCAUUGGUUCAGUACGUAUGUAGUAGCUUGGAUCCAAUUCCGAUCUUCAACUGCUUCGUGUCUUAUUCUUCGUUUUUCAAGACAUGAAAGUAUGACAGUGUUGAUACAAGUUGCGCAGCGUAAAGUUGAUUGAAUAGCACUUAUGCGAGCUAUAACGUGGUGGAAUGUACGGAAGUUUUCAGUGAUUUUGCGAAAAGUUCUCUAGUCCAGAUGAAGCGCUGGCACGGACAAUGGGCAGAAGAGGUGUAAAUAAAGAAAAACCAGUACAGUACUUCAAGCUGAAGGAGGAAAGCUUUUCCUUCAAUUGUACCAACUGUGGAAAUUUGCAGAAUUUUCAGAGCCCAGAGUUAGAAAUGAUACUGGGUAAAUCUUUGAAGAUGGCGUUCCGGCCAAACAAGCAUCAAUAUGGAAACCAGUCCACCAAUGUGGGACAUCUUGCUGAUUCAGAUAAGGAUUCAUCUUCAGAUUGCAAGAGAGGAAUGAUAAAUAACUUGGAGAGUAAUUCACCCACUGAGCUGAAUCAGUCAAAACGCCAUACUGAGAAGCCAUUCCUGAUGAAGCGAUUUGGAAAGGGACUCGUAUCCAAUGUAAGUGACGAGGAAGGAGAUCCCCUUGUCAGUGAAGCAGGAUCGAGCAGUCCAUCCAAUCUUUCGGUAGUCACUGACCAAAGCACUGCAACCCUACGUAUCGAAGAUAAGGGCAGAACUCGUUUCAAACAGAUGAACGAUUGUACGACAAGUGUACAUUCUCCGAGUUACUCGAUUGAAAAUCGAAUAGAAAGCAAUUUACGCAUGGCACCUUGGUACCAGGAAGGCAUUCCCCGCGAGAUUGCGUUGGAGAUUUUGCACCAGGAGCCGAUUGGAUCGUUCAUGGUGCGCAAAAGUACAACAAAAUUAGGAUGUUUUGCACUAAGCGUACGCGUUCCCCGCAGUUUUCAUGCUCGCGGAAUUGCACACUACUUAAUUAUAUACAGCGCUAAAGGAUACCGAAUCAAAGUAACUUCGCUAACUGUUAACUCACAUAGUUACAAGUGCUUCACCUUGGAAACCCGCUUUCAGAACCCGUGCAUCUACUACCAAAUACUGAAUAAUCAGCUAUAAAAUGAGCUGCACAUUUCCACUUGUUUUUCACCACUAUAUCUGGAGAAACCGAUGGAAAGUUAAGUUGUUAACAGCUUUUUACAAAGUUUGUAAGGAAAUGUGGAAAAGCGGCUAUAUUGGAUUUACAACUGGGCACUAAACACUUUUGUCUCUGGGCGUUUAAUUUCCCCCUAAAAAAAUCCGCCAUGACGUUAUUCUAAAAACCUCUUAAAGCAGUAUCUUAUUAUCUUAUAUUAUCCGUUUUAGAGCAGAAUUUUGGAAUUUUGCAACAAAACGACAAUGUAAAUACUCGUAGUUUCUCGGAAAUUUGCAAACUGAAGAAGUACAGUGUUGUUGCCUCACCCAAUGACAAAAUAAUCAUAUUAAUUUCUUAACCGAAUAUCAAUUUACAACUACGAUUAAAUGGAAAAUUACACAACAAUAUUCCAGCUAUGACAAUUUCUAGAAAUUUUCUCUACAUGUCAAAACUUCUGUGCCCCGAUUUAAAAAAAAAUUGUUUUUAUCUGUUUGGUUAUUUAAUUAUUCUCUAAUAAUCUCAUCUUUAUCUGUCACCGGCCACGUUGCAUUAUGGGUGCGCGCCACAAAGCUACUGGUAGAAUGCGUAUCAAAUUAGCAUAUCAGUCUCGCUUUAUUUUGUUUCCAUUCUGGGGGAUUCUGUGACUAAUAGCUAGCAGCCAAAGCUACCGCGAACGGGGUAGAAUUACCCCUUUUUUAAACAAUUUGACUCUCUACCCCCCUUCAAGCAAAUCUACCCCGCUAUACCAAUCAGAGCAAAACUAUAAAAUAAAACCAUGCCAAAAGUGUUAAAACCACUCAAAACUAUCCUAUUUAUAAAACCAGCUUGCGGCUACUACCGGUGUCCGAUUUUUCGGUAUAUCUACCGAUCUGGAGACCGGUAUACCGAAAGCAUGACUUUUCUACCGAUUAUAUGCGAAUAUAAUCAGGCAUAAUGCAGUUUGCGACAUAAUAGUUUUUAAAAGUUGUAACAUUGUUUUUAUAAGCUUUAACACAUAAAGCAACACAAAGCCCUGACUGAUUGUUUCAAAAUAUUAUAAUCAGUUCCGUAAAAUAUGGGAUGCUGUGUGGAAAUUUGUGCUCUUGAUUUCAUGAAUUUUUUUUAAAUAAUGAUUGUCUGCGGUCACUUCCGGUUGCAUCGGAGCAACCACUCAGUUUUCUUCUUUUAAACACAAUGCCCGAUUUUUUGAAUUCUACGUUAUUAUAGGGUAUAUUAUAAUAUACCCUAUAACAAAAGCUUGCAGUUUAUGAGAUAAAAACAAUUUAAUUUAUAAAAAUGGCCGUUUCAGUCUAGGCAAAAAACCCGAACAAUUUUACCAACCAACCGAAAAGGUGACCGAAAGAAGUGAUUAUUUUAGAAAAAAUGCUCACCGACAAAUUCCAUUUAUAAAUUUUCAAUUGCGAGUAUUUCUUUCGUAAAUGGAUAAAAGUCCAUCGUCGGUGUUCCUGUUCGCAAAAUGCGUUAAGAAUUUUUUAACGGUGAUUCUGCAGGUUACGUAAUAAUAUUAAGUCAUGUAGCAAAGAUUCGAAAUCGGAAUAUUUUCCGAGUUACAAGUCAUGAAAAUUUUAAUUUUUGACUUGUUCAGAACACUUUCGCGGGUUCAAUUAAAAAUCGGUACAGAGUUUUAGUUGUCUGUGUAAUCUGUAACUUUCUGGGAAAGCAAUAUUUCUCCACGUUGCCACUGGAUGGCAGUUUAUCUGAAAUCCAAAUUUCAUUUUCCCCAUAACUUUUUUGGCACCCCAAAUAUCGCAAAAAGUAAUGUGGGAUUUUAAGGAUCAAUUCUAGACAAAAAAUAUGCUCUUCACCAGACUCGAAAAACCUCUUCGUUUAGGAGCAAAUCGAGAUCAAAGUUUUUAUCAACUCAGUGUGCUUGGAUUUAAUUGCAAUUCCGAAUCAAAAUCUGGAGUAUCUGAUACUCCAAAUAUAUGCCAAGGCUUAAAGUAGCAA